AUGUCCACUGAACUUUCCGAGGCUCCAGAUACUCCUCGCGGUGUUCAUUUUUCCGGAUACAUGCGCCAUCGAUCCCUGACUGGCUGUCUCACGUGCCGGAGGAGAAGAGUCAAAUGCGAUGAUGUUCGUCCAGCUUGUGGUGUAUGCCGGCGCCUUCAGCUCCCGUGUCAAGGAUUCGAGCCUCGAAUCCUUUUCAUUACCCCGUUAAUCUCAGGUUCAAGCGAUGAUCUGUCUUCCCCAUCUGAAUCACGAGCCAGCAAUGCAGAGGCCUCGAAGGAGAGCAGACGAAUGCUGUUUGGAGGGAAGCUAUACCCCCCCCCCCCUCAAAAUACCAGCAGGGCUGUUCUCACAUUUCGUGGUGCAGACUUUGAACGGCAACGAAUGAUUUCCCAAAUCACAAAGCCAUUGUCCGGACUCAACCUCGGAUCCAUACUCGAUAUCCUUGAAGAGCAAUGCCCUGUCGAUGGAGAGACCAUCUCGCAAGGGCCGCUGGGCGUUUUCCGCCACGGACCUUCGGAUCCAAAAUCAUCAUCAUCAUCUUUCCUCGGCACCAUACAUGAUCUCGACGCCGACUUCGUAAUAGCCCCUGACGAAAAAGUCUCUCCCUUCUUGGGUUUCUUUGACCUUGAAAUGCACGCAUCGACCGACAGUCAGUUCGAGACUGCCCUCCCUGAUUUCAUCGAGUAUGAGCUCCCAUCAGACUCUUGCACCCCUGCCUGGCAGCCUGUGGACUCCAACAUCUUGAGUUCCAACGAGCUGGACUUUUCACUCCCAUACAUGACUCGACUACCUCUGCAACACCAAGUACCUCCUCCGGAUGACUUCGAGAUGAAAGUACCGCUUGAUGUCAAAUUCCUCCUAGACCAUUUCGCCGGCCAGUACGUGGACGUGGUCUCUUUAAUCCAGAAUAAAAAGUCGCCGUGGCGUAUCCUUCAUCUUCCAAGCGUGUUGAAGACGUUUGGAGAGCUCGUUAUCUGGAAAUGCCCAAACCACUUCCAGAUCGCUCUGUUCUACGCCGUCCUGGCACUGAGCUCAUUCCAUCUCGAUCGGACGACUGCAAAGGCCAAAGAGAAGGGCUACUGGUGGACAGUCGGCAACUCUCACUACAGCCAAGCAGCGUCAGAGCUACGGAAGGGUUUGGACGGAGGGCAUGACCGAGCGACCAAGGUCAAGUACAAGGACGUUUUGAUGGCUAUACUGACCAUGGUCACCGUUUGCAUUACAAGCGGCAACAUGGAAGAUGCUCGCUCCUAUCUGCUUCGAGCACAAGACAUCGUGCGACGCCGUGGCCUGCCAAAAGCGAACAAGUCUCGAAAAGUCCGAACCCUGCACAGUACUUUUGUCUUCCUCCGAGUCAUCGAAGAUAGCACAUUUCCGUACCCGAAAUCAAUGCAGUUGCCUUCUCCAGACGCAAAACGCGAAAGCUCGAUGCGUUACCCAUCUUUCGGGCUACAUACCGCAGAGUCGGAAUCUAUAGGUCAGACAAUUCCACCUGCAGAUCUGUGGCAUAAUCUUGCUGAAGGAGAGCCCGAGGGCGACGGCGGCUCGGCUUUUCGCUUGGUAUAUGGCAUUCCCGAAUCCUUGUUCGUCCUCAUGUCUCAUGUUAGCUAUCUUUCACAGCAAAUCCGUCAUUUUAAAGAAUUCUGCCCAUUGGCAAGCGCGUCACAAUUCCAUGAGAUCCAAACAAGGGUCGCCAUCAUAGAGGAUGCCCUGUGCAAUUGGGAGGGCAAAAGCGACCGCCUUGGCGAGGCCGAUUCUCGACGGCGGGUAUCGGCUGAUCAAUGGGCUUCGACUUGGAGUUCCACGUCGCUUCCCGACGAUCUCAACAUCGGUGGCAUGAGAGACCAAAGGCAGCCCUGUGCAGAUGCGACAGGUGUCAAGGAAGGACAUGUGAGCCAUAUGGCGUUGGCCGUACACUCGGCCCUACUCAUCUACUUCUAUCGACAGGUGCGUGAAGUGAAUCCGUUUGUUCUCCAGCCUUUCGUCAAACGAGUCAAGGAGCACCUUCUCGCGUGCGAAAUUUACAAAACCACACACGCCAUCGCGUCAAGCAGUCUCGUCUGGCCGGGUUUCAUUGCCGCCGUCGAAGCAAAUGAUGACAAGGACUUCCGGGAAUUGAUAGACUGGCUCAAAAGUUGUGGCGACCGCUUCGGUCUCAGGAACUUCGAUCGAGCGGCAGAAAUCGCCACAGAGAUCCGACAAACAAAGCUGGGCUCGUCGGACAGGAACAAGGCCAACUGGAUGGACGUGUUGCGAGAAAAGCAGGCCCCAUUGGUGUGUUCAUGAAUGGCCGCUCCAUGAGUCCCUCCUGGCAUGCGUAGAAAGCCUCGUGGCAGCCCUGGAGCCAUGGUAGCACGAACAGUCGGCAGACAAGAGGCGCGGCAAGCUUGCGGGCCUUUUUUCCCAUCACGGGAGGCACUGUGUACUAUUACCAGGUACUGCAUCAGUCCAGUCCUUCAUCACCAUGUAGGUGGCCAGAAUCAUAACUCAAUGGCCAUCUCAGGCGAGGCGCAGGGCAAAGGAGAGGCCGAUGACACACCUGCACCGACAACACACAUGGAUAUUGUCCUUGUCUUCAUGUGAGACCAGAACAGAGAUAGAUUCUACCAAGCCAAGUCCAUAAAGGUCAGGUCUUCAGCUAGGAACGUGGGCAAUAGAUGGUCUCUUCAAGAAGGCUGUUUGCAGUCAAUCAAUCACUGAUCUGGUAUCCGGCGCGUCGAGACUGGGAUUAUGGAUUGCUCCCCAUUUCAGGUCGCUAGGUCAUCAGCACUUGCUCAAUCUAGCGGCACGGAAUCAGCCUUUACAAUGUCUCGGGCGAACGAGUGCAGGCAUCUUGCAGAAGGCGAAGCGAAGGCUGUCACUUUGCGCACAACAAUGGGAGAGCGUUCGUCAACACACGUGCCCUCGGCACACAAAAAGAGCAUUAAUUAAUGCUUCACAGCUUUAUUUCGUGAAGGAAUAGUCAUCGCAGUCAUAUCUCGUCUUCCAGUGGCAGAUCGCCCCUUGCCUUCAUUUCGGCGCUGACUUCUUCCACUCUCUUCCAGACCCUCAACACAUUUCCGCCAAUGACGCCCUCGACUUGGGCAUCAUCGAGGCCUCGUCUGAGCAGCUCCCGGACUAGAUCUGGGAAUUUACUUACAUCUUCGAGACCCCUAGGUGUCUCUGGGAUACCGUCAAAGUCACUCCCAAUUCCCACAUGCUCAAAACCAAUCUUGUUGCCCAGGUACAUGACAUGCUCCACGACGAAUUCCAGCGUGGAAUUGGCCGGAUGGAAGGUCGGCAAAUUCCCUGGGGUGGUGGAGUUGACGCACGAGAUAAACUGGGGCACAAACGUGACCAUGAUGACCGAGUCCGUUCCCUUGACCAAGGGCAAAAUCUGGUCUGGCACGUUACGCGGGUGAGGACACAGAGCGUAUGCAGAGGAAUGUGAGAAGAUAACGGGUGCUUCGGAGCCUGGAAAUGAUUUGGUCUGGUUUCCUGCGAGGACGUCAUGCAUGGUCUUUGGGUGUGUGUGCGAAAGGUCAACCUGGGCACAAG